GGUAAGGUACCUCUAACUGACUGACACUGACAGCGCCGGAUGAAAAGUUAUUUUCAUUUUCGCCAAACAUUUUCGCAAACAAAAUUCUUCCAGAUGGAGAAUUAUUACAAAGGCAAAAACGUGGAAGAAGAAUUAGACCGCGAUAACAUACCCAUCAAUGGCUUACCUGAUGAUUUUCUUUGGAUGCAAGUUAAAGGAGGCAGUAAAAUGUCUAACCUUUUGACCCACGCUUCUGGUAUUUUAGAGGAUAAAGCUGUUACUGUUGUUGUAUGGAGUGCAGCAGGAGUAGGCAUUCCUAAAGCUAUUUCAUGUGCAGAAAUCUUGAAGAGACAAUUUUCCAUUGAACACCAAGUCACAAAACUCACACAUAAAAGUGUCGAAGAAUAUUGGGAGCCAAAAUUAGAUGGUCUUGAAACAAUUGUAGUCAAACGGCAAAUUCCAGUUAUACAUAUUAUGUUGUCAAUUGGUGUUAUAUCUGACACUGUACAACUUGGGUAUCAAAGUUUGAAUGGAAAAAAAUUCUGGCAAGAAACCAUCAGCAACCCGAAGCAAAACCAAUCAUACAAAUUUAAAAAACCAUUUAAAUAUAAGAAGAAUCCAGCAAGCUCAUAAAGUUAUUGUUUAUUUAUUGAAAUAUAAUUAUUUUUAUAGUAUA